AUGUUUAACUUGACUAGUAGGUUUCAAAAUGCCACAAACCAAGCAUUGUCUUCAUCUAUAGCGAUUAGUAUAUUAAUAAUUGGAUUGACAUUACUUCAAUUAUACAAAGACCAAGUUUGGUCGAUUCAAUCAACAUCAAUAAGUAACAUUAAGGCGAGAGCUACAUUGAAACAUUCAUUCAACUAUGGGGCAGCACCAAAGAAGCCAAAGGAAAAUUCAAAAAUCAACUUUGACUUAGAUGCUGAUUUAUCCCCUUUGUUCAAUUGGAAUACCAAACAGGUGUUCGUUUACCUAACUGCAGAAUACCCAGGAAAGAGUGAUACGUCAUCCAACAAAAUCACUUAUUGGGAUAAGAUUAUCACAGACAAGGACGAUGCUAAGAUAAGCUUGAGGAAUCAAGCAUCUAAGUACUCAGUAUGGGACAUAGAGCGGUCUUUCAGAAGCAGAGAUGCUAUUGUAAGAUUGGAAUGGAAUAUUCAACCACAUAUUGGUCCUUUAAUAUAUGGAGAAACCAACUCCACGGGUGCUUUCAGUUUUGCAAGUCUUCCAGCUCCAAAGAAAGCAUAA